AUUGUUUGACGCAUUACUUUAUAUCAGUCGGACAUAUUAUAAGCGCUGUAAGGUCGGCAUUUUAUGUUGGCUAGCAUGCCGAAAUACGAUCGACAAGCCAAUGGGUACAGAGUAUUCGUUGGAGGUGUGGACCCUCGUGUUGGAAAAGUUGAUAUAGAACAAGAGUUUGAGCGUUUCGGCCCAAUAGCAGAUGUAUGGGUUGCUCGGAAUCCACCAGGGUUCGCAUUCAUAGUAUUCAAGUAUGCAGAAGACGCAGAUCGAGCAGUUAGGCGAAUGGAUGGAAGUCGCCCUUUUGGGUCUCGUCUAAGGGUGGAACAUGCGGUCAAUAAUAAAACUGCAAAUAGCCGACGUCACGACCGUUCGCGUUCUCGCUCAUAUAGCAAGCGUCGGCGAGAUUCGCCACCGCGCCGACGCACUCCUGUACGCCGCUCUUCGUCAGGACGACGAAGGUAAGUCCGUUUUACGCCUCACUUUCUACAGGUCUCCAAGUGAUUUUCGAGACACAAGACGCCACUCACCACCCGGAUAUGAAAGAAAUAGGUCAGGUCACGAAGACCGUUACCGUACAAGAUCCCAUUCUUCUAGCAAAAGAUCCAGCAAACAUAAAGCUUCACGACCUCGCUCUAGAACUCCGUCUCGACAAUCUUCGCAUCGCAACAGCAACCGACAUUCUCGCUCUCAAUCACGGAAUUCUCACAAAAACAACGGACGUCACAGUCCUACUCCGGAUCGUCGCUCGGUUUCGGAUUAUGAUCGUUCUCAUUCUCACACACCAGAUGUUGAAAGAAGACAUAGCUACGAAGGUUCAGGUAGUCCAGUUGACGACGGUCGCAAUGCAAGUCCUGGUGAUCUUGGUGCACGUAAUCAUAAUUCCCGUUCUGUGUCACGUUCACGCUCCCGGUCACGACAAAGCAACCACCGCUUUAGAUCUCGGUCGCCAUCUGACUACCAUGAUGAGGGUGCCCAAAGAGAACAUUCAUCUGGCAGUCACACAGGUAAGAUUCCAAGACUUGUUCUCAGUUUGGUGAAGUUCAAAUGGUUUUUUAUCUUUACACGUGGAUCUAAUCACCUAACUUGUAAGACAUGUCGAUUUUUGUUCAAAUAUAAAAUGCAUGUACUGAAAAGUUAAUCAUAUAUUUACAUAUAUAUGUCGCCUUAAUUUGGAGCAAACAUUUGCUUCAUGGAAUCACCGAUUGUAGUCUUAAUAAACCUACUUGGUACAUUAUUUUAGCUCUACAGAGAGGUCGCGGCUAAAAAUUUAAAUGUUUUUUUAUUUGUAUUCGCCGUAACAUCCAUCCAUUAGCAUAAAGACUUAGAUUUUACAUGUGAGCUACAACCCAGUGUGUCAGAAAGUUCAACAGUCAACCAACGAUCAGUUAAAGCUAAUAUAUCGCACAAAUAGUCUUUCUACCAUCUGGUAGUCAAGUCAUUAAUAAAAACAAAAACGGCCUAUCAAUUAAUGUUAUACUUCCGCACUUUUGUAUUGUACUGAAACAAAGUUACUAAUAAAAACUUUAUUUCACUCGCAUGCACUGGUUUCUGUUUGUUGUUGUUUUUAUUAUACGCACUUCACAUUAUCCAUCUCUUCACAACCUCAUUGUUAUUGUGUCACGCAUAUGUAUUUUGUGCCCCCUUGUACUAAUGUUUAUUUAUUCAAAUAUUGAAUUUUCAUAUAUGCUCUUGCAAAUGAUCAGGAGCUAUACAUUUGGUUGUCUGUUUUGACUAGAAAUCCUGGAGUAGCGAUAUUCAAUAUUGUAGGUUUGAAUAUAUUUUGUAAUUAUGGUUUAUUGUCAUUAUAUAACUUCAAGUCCUUUUCUUUCCUUUCAGGUGAUCAAAGUGGUUGAAAGGCCAAAUAUUGAUGUGCUUAACAUGUUCAUAUAUAUUAUCCUAUACAUUUUUUAAUACUGCAUUUGAAUGUC